GACUCCAAAUAGCUCAGGAAUAUGUUGACUGAUUUAUGCUUAAGGAAAACUGUAGCAAGCUAACCAAAGGCAUAUUAACUAGUGUUGAGUAUCCCGCUUAAUCCCUAAGGUACCAAAUGUGGACUAAAGACCUGAACGCGCUAUCAGACAAGCAAUUUCCGAUCACGUUUAGUUUCCACUGAAACUCCGCAGAGAACACCGACGAUUUGCACUUCACAAUCCCAAUACAUAACUACUCCGCAGUCUAUACAACACUUGUAGCUCCCGCGCUCGCCGUUUCCUGAAAAUCUGCUGCCGGAACAUAGAUUCCAUUGCGGCUUUAGAUCGCGUCACUGGUAAUUAGGGCACCAUGAGUAGUAGCAAUCUGUUAACGGGAUUUACGAGGCUGUGCAAGGGUCUGGCGGUGGUGUUAGUCGGCGCUCACAUUGUUGUUCAGAUUCUUCCCUCUGCCGUUUCAUUUCUCGCUCUUAUCCCUGCUAAGACUAUACCAUUUGCAUGGAAUCUAAUAACAGCUGGUUAUCUUGAACAGACUAUAUAUGGGGUGUUUGUCAGUGUUUUUGGGCUGCUUUUCACUGGGAAGCUGCUUGAACCCAUCUGGGGCUCUAGGGAAUUCCUGAAGUUCAUCUUCAUUGUUAACUUUUUGACAUCUGUCUGUGUCUUCAUAACAGCUAUCUCCUUGUACUACAUAAGUAGAGAGGAAAGCUACCUCUAUUUGCCUAUUUCUGGCUUCCAAGGGGUCCUUUCUGCGCUCCUAGUUGGUAUCAAGCAAAUCAUGGCUGAUCAAGAGCUCUCUUCAUUGAAAAUAAAAGCAAAGUGGCUGCCAUCCCUCACAGUGCUGAUAUCUAUUGUUAUAAGCUUUUUCACCGUAGAUUCAGCAGCAUUCCUUCCACCUCUAGUAUUUGGCACAUAUAUAGGUUGGAUUUAUCUAAGGUACUGGCAGCGCAAACCAGAAGCAAAACUCAGGGGUGAUCCAAGUGAUGAAUUUGCUUUCUCAACAUUUUUCCCACAAUUUUUAAGACCUGUAAUUGAUCCCGUAGCUACAAUAUUUGAUCGGCUGCUGUGUGGUAGAAGAUCCGAGGCAUCUAACGAGGAGAGAGACUAUACUUUAGGAAGUACUGCAUUGCCUGGUUCUGACCCCAUUGAAGCAUCUAGAAGGAGGGAAAGGGGUGCUCGGGCACUGGAGGAACGAUUGGCAGCUGAGAUGCUGGCUUCUUCUGGAGGAAGUGCUGAAGAGUUGCGAAGAGUCGGGUCAGAUAAUGUGUAGAUGCGGGUGGAAACACAGUUAUAUUUCAUACUCUUUGGUCUUUGCAAACAGAACAUCUGUGUCUACCCCCAGAAACCGAGAAACUACAGGGACAUUGUAACUCUUUUGGUUCUUGACGUUAGUUCUGUUGCAUCAUCUUUUGUUAGCUCAUAUACAGAUCUCUUUCUACUUCGCUUUUUGACUUUUCUCAUAUAUAGUGUUGCUUAU